CUUUCUGAAUCGCCCCGAAUUGGCGAAUAUUCAUCUUCAGCAGAAAUAUUUAUAUCCUACAUUCGUCGUCACACUCCUUCACCAAUCCUCACCUCACUCAUGGCACAUGCCGACGCACAGUCAGACUCGGAGGAAGGAUUGACGCGGGAAGAGUUGCAGCAGGAGGAGGACGAGCCGCCUUCAAAGCGCCCGAAACAAGAUGCGUUCGCCAAACUCAUGGCCCCCAAACCAAAAGCCGUCAUCCCUCCCCCAAAACCCCCCGGCUCAAGACCUCACCUCUUCAAAAACCGCAUGGCCCUCGGCGCAUACAUCGCCGCCCCGGAAUCGUAUCCCGCUUCAGUAGUCAUCUAUCACAAUGCCGACUUUGUCGUCAUCCACGACAAGUUCCCCAAGGCCACCGUCCACACGCUGCUGCUGCCGCGGUCUCCCAGGUAUAGUCUCCUGCACCCCUUUGAGGCGCUCCAAGAUGUCGAGUUUCUGGAAAAGGUGAGGGCAGAGGUGGACAAGCUCAAGGUGCUCGUGGCGGCGGAGCUGCGGCGCCGGCUGGGAUCUUUUAGUCGGUCGGAUGCCGCCCGGCAGGCUGUGCUCAAUGGUGAGGCGGAGCCGGAAGAGGCACAAGACGAGGCACAAGACGAGGCAGAGGGGAAAGAGAGUAGUGGCAAGGGGAAAGAAAACGGGCCACGACAAGAACCGCAGCUGCCGGCGGGAAGAGACUGGGCGGCCGACGUCAUGUGCGGAGUGCACGCCGUUCCGAGCAUGGGGCACUUGCACAUCCAUGUGCUCUCGCGAGACAUGCACUCGCCGGCGAUGAAGCACCGGAAGCACUAUAACUCCUUCAACACGCCGUUCUUGGUGGACGUGGCCGACUUUCCGCUCGACGGGGCCGACCCCCGGAGGCUCCCCAAGGAGGAAGGCUUCAUGAGGCGGGACUUGGUGUGUUGGCGGUGCGGGAGCAACUUUGGGAACAGAUUCAAGGAGCUCAAGGACCAUCUGGACAAGGAGUUUGACGAGUGGAAGCGGGAGUGACACGAGUCAUUACAAGAAGACGCGGCAGACGAAGACAUGGAUGUAAGAAACAUUGCUGAUAUUUUUGCCAUUGCACAUCGCACGUAGCUUCAUGGUGCGGGGGAUAAUGAUUACAGGCCCUGCGAGCAGCAGGUGGAUGAACCUG